GAUCGGUGCGCAGCGAUGGCGCGGCCGCCGUGGCAGCGCCCGGGGACCUGGGCGCCGCUGCUCUGGCUGCUUCUGGCCGGGCCCGCCGCCUGCGCCGCCAGCCCCGCGGACGACGGCGCGGGCCCGGGGGGCCGGGGACCCCGGGGCCGCGCGCGGGGGGACGCGGGCGCCGACGAGGCGGUGCCGCGCCACGACUCCUCCUAUGGCACCUUCGCGGGGGAGUUCUACGACCUGCGCUACCUGUCGGAGGAGGGUUACCCUUUCCCUACUGCUCCUCCUGUGGAUCCAUUUGCCAAAAUCAAAGUGGAUGACUGUGGAAAAACUAAGGGAUGCUUUAGAUAUGGUAAACCAGGCUGCAAUGCGGAGACCUGUGACUACUUCCUUAGCUACCGAAUGAUAGGUGCUGAUGUGGAAUUUGAAUUGAGUGCAGACACAGAUGGUUGGGUAGCAGUUGGAUUCUCUUCAGACAAGAAAAUGGGCGGUGACGACGUCAUGGCCUGCGUCCAUGAUGACAAUGGCAGGGUCCGCAUACAGCACUUCUAUAACGUAGGCCAGUGGGCAAAGGAGAUUCAGAGAAAUCCUGCCAGAGAUGAAGAAGGAGUUUUUCAGAACAAUCGGGUCACCUGCAGAUUUAAACGCCCAGUGAAUGUUCCCAGAGAUGAAACAAUUGUUGAUCUGCAUUUGAGUUGGUAUUAUCUGUUUGCCUGGGGUCCAGCCAUUCAGGGCUCCAUCACCCGACAUGAUAUAGACUCCCCGCCAACUUCAGAGCGUGUUGUCAGUAUUUACAAGUAUGAAGACAUUUUUAUGCCAUCCGCUGCCUAUCAGACCUUCUCUUCUCCGUUCUGUUUGCUUCUCAUCGUUGCCCUGACCUUCUACUUACUGAUGGGAACCCCUUAACCACAGAUGAAAGGCCAAUCAAUGAAAUGGAUUGGAAAGUCUUUCAUAUAAAUACAUUUUUAAGGAAUAACUAGUAUAAUUUUAGCUUCUAUUAUUCCAAAAAAAACAAAAACAAAAAACUCAUAUGGUUUCAGCUUUUUGGAAAAAAGAACAAGCUUCUUUUUUAGUCAAAGAGGAUUGUUUAAUAAUGACCCCAUACUUAAAACUUUUCUAAGCACUUUCAAACACAUGUUAUUUGAGUUCGUGACAUCUCUGAGUUGGCUUGAUGAAAGUUAUGAUUGCCAUCUGACUGAAGGGGAUUUGAGACCCAGAGAGGCUGCCUUUUUAUGGUCCACCUGUCAUGUAGCCUUGGCUACUUGCUCAAAUAACACACAGCAAGGUAGAGAAAGAUCUAGACAUUGAAAUCAUGUCUCUGAACAAUCUUUACUCUGAGUACUACAGCAUAAGAGUUACUAGGGAGUAUUACUAUGGAGAACUUCUCUGGAUGUCACAGAUUCACAAGUCAGCCUCUUGGGCAGAAGAACAUCAAAUUUCCAUCAAGCCUAAGUGCUUUUGGAUAUUUACACAGCUGAUGGGGAGAACACGGGAGAUUACAGUGAUAUGAAAAUGGUUCAUAUUUAUUUGAAAUUUCUUCUCAGUUAAUGAGUCGCUAUGAGAAAACAUUUUUAUUGCUAUUUGGAAAAGUUAGAAAUGGAACUGUGAAUGUUCCUGAAGAUGUAAAAUUAUGUUAAUGAUAAAAAAUAUGGGAAUUCUUAGCAGUUAGAAUUUGGAUUCUUCUACCACUGUAUUUUUAAACUAAGGUAUUCAUCCUUGGUUGCAGACAAUUCUGUUGUCAGAAUCAGCAUACAUUAAAUAUGACUAAAUAUAUAUUAUAACAGACAAAUCAUCUUAAUAAAAAUUUAAGGCCUCUUAAUAAUAAAUCAACAUUUUUGGAGAUUGUAGAAAUUUGGAGUAGGAAUUUUUUAAAGAUGAGAUGUUUUUGUUGAAUGGGAAAAUGACCCAUAAAGUGAAUUCACCUGGAGUAUCCAUUAAAAAUGUUGAGAUUUGUAAAUUGGACUGGCAGUCAGCACAAUUUAUAACAACCCCUUGACGUGAUGUGUUUCCUUUUUUCAAAGAAGCCCCAAUGUUCCUUUGUUCCAAAUGUCUGUGCUAACAGCCCAUUUAGAGGACAGGAAUCUACUUGUGCUUCUGGGGCAUUUCCACUGUGACAUUCCAGAAUUCUCUGGCUUGCCCCCAUUUCUUUAAAGCUGGCUUAAACUUUAUGGUUUUUGUGAUUAAAUGACACUGGAGACUGUGAUUUCUAGUGACAUCCUCAAGAUUCAUGUCAGAGGUGAACAUCUGCCUGUGGGGAGAGCUUUCAAAUUCUUGUGCAACCAAAUCAAAAUAAGGAAAACAUCGAUAUUUUGUGACAUUGCGCAGUUACCAAGCGCUUCCGAGGGACAUAGGAGAAAUACUCCUUGUUGUAGAUAGGGAGAGAUUAAAUGAGAUCAAGUGAGCGGUGGAACUGGGUGGGAUUCGAACUCAAGACCUCUGGUUCAAAUUCGCAACUCUGCCUG